AUGGCGAUAAUAGUUGUGCGCGUAAAUGUGACGAACGAGCCAGAGCGGCAGGCGGCGAGUGAAGGAAGGUGCCCUCAGUGUGGUGCCAAUUACAGUGGGCCAUUCAAUAUUUAUGCGCUCAUUGGAGGCACAAUUCACCUGCCGUGCAACAUCACAGCGCCUUCCUUCGACGACGGCGUGUCGCUGGUGCUCUGGUACCGGGACGACAUUGCCAGCCCGAUCUACACCGUGGACGCGCGAUCGUCGGCCUCGCUGGAGAGCGCACAGCACUUUCUGCACAGGGACAUCUUCGAGAAACGAGCUUCCUUUAAUCUUAGCUAUCCACUUUCCUUUCUGCGCAUCAAGCCUGUCAAGUCAAGCGACGGCGGAGAUUAUCGCUGUCGGGUUGACUUUCGCCGCGCCCGCACCGUGAAUCGCAUUCUCAAGCUCACAGUGAUCGGAAAUCCUCUGCCGGCGGUGCACUGGUGGAAGGGCUCGCAUCUGAUCGACACUGAUUAUUUUGUGGUGAAUAACUCCAUUUCGCGUAAUGUCUUGACGCUGGCAAAUCUGACGCGAGACGAUCUCCUGAUGACACUGACAUGUCAAGCCUACAACACCAAUCUGACAGUGGCCGUGUCGCAGAGCAUCACUCUUGAUCUACACCUGAAACCCCGAGAAAUUCGCAUCAUCACGCCGUUGCAGAACAUCACCAGCAGUCAGAGUGCCAUCGAGCUUGCCUGUCAGUGCACGGGCUCCAAAUCCAGCUCCAUCCGCUGGACGGUGCAGGGAAAGGUCAAAGGGAGCGACGUGAUUGAGCCCUUCUCGGAGACCGUUUCCGAGGACGGCCUCACCACCACCAGCUUUCUCUCGCUGGCACCUUCCAUUGAGGACAACGGCAAGCUGAUAGUGUGCAGUUGCUUCAAUCCCAGCAUUGUCGCCAAUUUCUCCAUACAAGAUACAUGGCCCAUCAACAUCUACUACCUGCCAAUUCUGUCGCUCAUUAUGGGCUCUAAUUCUCACUCACAAGACAUUAUCGAGGGGAGCAACGUCUACUUUGAGUGCAACAUUAAGGCAAAUCCAUCUGUUACCCUCGUUGGUUGGAAGCUUAAUGGACAUUUGCUCGACUCGACGACGGCCACUACGGCGGACAUUGAGAUUCGAAAUACGUCGCUACUGGUUACUAAUGUAAAUCACGAUCAUUAUGGCGAGUACCAGUGCCUGGCCACCAACAGUCUGGGCUCGGCAAGCAGCGAAUCAGUAUUCCUCGAUGUUAAGUAUGCACCCAAGUGUACGCACGCUCGAGUGAUAGCAAUUGGUGUUGCUCUGGAGGAAACGGUGGCUAUCGAGUGCCAGGUUCGCGCCAAUCCGUCUGAAAAUAUUAUUUUUGAGUGGACUACAAAUAGUACCCUCUCGCCAAAAGUGCCAUUAAGCUUCAGCAGCAGCGGACUGAAGAGUGUUGCCAAAUUCGUCGCCACCUCUGAGCAGGAUUACGGACUGGUGCAGUGCUGGUCGAGGAACAGCAUUGGCAAACAGCUAAUUCCAUGCAGAUAUCAGAUUAUAAAAGCAGAGGCGCCCAGCCAGCCGCACAACUGCUCACUGGUGAACAAGACGGCCAAUUCGCUGACACUGGAGUGUCUGCCCGGCCAUGCAGGAGGACUGGAGCAGUCCUUUCACCUGCAGGUCUACUCGCUCAAUCCGCACAAGCUCUUGAAGAAUCUGAGCAAUGCAGAGGCGCCCUACUUUGCCAUUCAAAAUCUGCCUGCCGGCUACAUCUUCAAGAUGAUCAUCUACUCUGCCAACCGAAAGGGGAAAAGCAAAUCGAUUGAGAUUACGGGCAGCACCACAGAGCCCUCUCCGUGGAAGUCGGGUAUGUGGGCAGAAGUUGCUUGUGAGGGUGUUUAA